UCGUGCCCCAAGCAUCUGAUGCUGAUGCUCGCACACCGAGCCAAAGAAUCGAGCACUAAUGGCUCCAUCGAAUAAAUUAAAUAAGGCAGGAAGCACGCCGUCAAGCACUCCCUUUUAAAAAUGCAAUAGAGAACCUGCUGGAUAUUGCAUUUGAGGUGCAACGCGACCAAGCUGCGAAAGAAGAUGGCGCGAAAAGACUCUGGACGAGUGGGCCAGGUUACCACUACCACAAUGCCUGGAUGACUUCGGAGGAGGAUCUGGCCACCAGCGGACUACCAGGAAUGCAGCGCCACGGAGUCAAUCAAUGCCCCGAUCCGCACACCAGCGACAACGACAGAGGGAUCGCGAGAGGGAGCGUUCUCCGAAGCCUCCUCGGAACGCAGGUCGUCGCGCUGGCAGCCUGGGACGUCAAUCCACACGCUAUGGCAACCACUUGGAGCUCCCCGACUACGAUGCUCCGCCACAGGGGUCCUCCAGGGAUCAUCGCAGGGACCGACGAGGACGCUCUCCGCGCAGCUACGAGGAUUAUGUGGAGGAGAGCUUCGAUGAGGUGUCCCUGUGCGACGGCGGCCACUACGAGGACUAUCCCCCCGUCCAUAGCAAGUCCAGGAGUCGCGAGCCGCGCCGGAAUCAUCGUCGGAGGGAGCGGGCCGAGCGUCUGCCUCCCUCGCCGCGUAUCAUGUCGCCCAUGGGUUUCCCUGUCCAGCGGCAGAUCCGACGUCGUCCCAGCUACGAAUACGACGAAGACGACUCCAUGUAUGGGGAGGACUAUGGGGACUAUGGCGAUCUCCUGCCCAAGGACCGUCCUGUGCCCAUCUGGCUGUGCGUCUUCCUGGUCGUCAGCUACAUCCUGGGGGGCGCCGCCCUGUUUGCCUACUGGGAGAACUGGUCCUUUCUGGACUCGGCCUACUUCUGCUUCAUCACGCUGACGACAAUCGGAUUUGGCGACUUUGUGCCUGCCAAGGGCGUCAAGGAUGAGUCGGAGCAGUCCAUUGCCUAUUGCUCGUUGUAUCUGCUCUUUGGCAUUGCUCUCCUGGCCAUGAGCUUCAAUUUGGUCCAGGAGGAGUUCAUAGCGAAUGUUAAGGAGGUGGCACGUCGUCUGGGCAUCCUCAAAGAUGACGAUGAGGACGAUCGCGAUGAGGAUUAGGGGGGUUUACUCUUAAAACUAUAGUAUUCAACACUAGAGAACUGCAUGCAUCUUCUUAGGAUUCUUUUAUUCGCAUUCAAAGGCGUUUCAAUCGAAACAUUUACUGUGGAUUCAUGCAGAUAACUUAAACACCUUUCAUAGGAUUUUGUACACUCUUCAUAGGAUAUACCUCUUGCAUCUUCGAUUAGAGCUUAAAUUAUUAAGUAAAUUAAGUUUCCUUAAGGUUACAGCUUACACUCAACGGAAUAGUCAACGCACAGGGAACCCUAAAGAUCGUCAACAAGUAGAUUCUCUUAGUUUACAUAAGUUUUCACACGAAUAUUCAGAUUAAAGUGCGUCCCCGAACGGGUUUCCCCAAUUCUACAUAUCAUUACGCUUAAACUGUCCGGCCAAACCCUUCGUUCUUGAAACUCGCAUUGAAGUCUCAAGAAAUUAACUCAAAGUUGAACUCUCAAGGUCGCAGUCAAGACGUUUCCUUAAAUAUACACAACUUAUUAAGCGAA